AUGGCGUUUGAAUGGAUCCCUGCGUGUGAAGAACCAUUCCAGCACUUCAAAGAGAUCCUGACAGCACCCCCCGUACACGGGAGGUCCAAAAACGGGGAACCACUUUACCUAUACCUGGCCAUAACGGAAGGAGCGCUCGCAGCAGUCUUGGUACGAGAAGAAGGAAGGACCCAACAGCCAAUCUACUUCGUGAGUAGAGCGCUACAGGGAGCAAAAACAAGGUAUAGCAAACUAGAGAAACUAGCACUGGCGCUCCUGACCUCUUCCCGCAGACUAAAGCAAUACUUCCAGGGCCACCAGAUCAUUGUGAGAACAGAUCAAGGAAUCUGCCAGGUACUUCAAAAACCCGACCUCGCGAGAAGAAUGAUGACUUGGGCCAUCGAACUCUCUCAAUACGACCUACGAUAUGAUCCCCGGCACACAAUCAAGGCACAGACAAUGGCCGACUUUCUGGUAGAAGUAACGGGGGACCCCACCGGGGAACCGGGCAUACGGUGGAGGCUCCACGUGGACGGAGCCUCCAAUCAAAAGUCCGGAGGAGCCGGGGUGAUCUUGGAAAGUCCUGCCGGGGUCGUAUACGAGCAAUCGAUCAAGUUUGAGUUCCUAGUAUCAAACAACCAAGCGGAAUAUGAGGCCCUCCUAGGGGGCUUGGCCCUAGCUCGUGAAGUCGGUGUAACAAGGCUUGAAGUGUGCAGCGACUCGCAGGUUGUCACCUCGCAUGUAAACGGGAGCUACCAGGCCAGAGACUCGUUGCUACAAAAGUACCUGAAAAAGGUUAAAGAACUGAGCAGCCAGUUCGAGGAGAUCACAAUCCAACAUGUCCCGAGGGAAAGAAACACACGAGCGAAUCUCCUAUCCAAGUUAGCAAGCACAAAACCAGGAGUAGGCAACCGAUCUCUCAUCCAAGGCAUGCUAAAGGAAUCGGCAGUUACGCUCCAUCUGACAAAGGCAAACCCCUCCUGGUUGGACCCAAUCGUCGACUUCCUCAAGAGCAGCAGACUCCCUGACGACAAGAAAGCAACCAAAGCGUUGAGAAGGGAGGCAGCCAAGUACAUAACCAUACAGGGAUAA